CAGAACUAAUAUUUGUGACAACCAGAGACUGAAAUGGUAUGACUGGAGCUUUAAAUAAUUUGGCUUUGACAGCUCUAUCAUUUUCUGAGAACUUGGAACAGAAUUUGGGCUCUGCUUCUGCACGAUCCUAGGUUAUAAUGCCAUCCUUGCCUAAUGAGGGAGAUAACCAUGGAACUGCUCCUCUGACUUUGAGUUCGGAACUACCCUAUCAAAGCACCAUUAAAAGAAAAGUCAGAAAGAAGAAGAAUGGAGUCAUCACCGCAAAUGUUGCGGGCACAAAAUACGAAAUCGUACGUGUAGUGAUACGAGAAAUGGGAUUUGUGAAAACACGCGAUGAAGAUGAAACAGCGAAUCUUAUAUGGAGUGAUUCUGCUGUGCAACAGGAAAAGAUUGCUGAGCUUCGGAACUACCAGAGAAUCAACCAUUUUCCAGGGAUGGGAGAGAUCUGCAGAAAGGAUUUUCUGGCAAGAAACAUGACUAAAAUGAUCAAGAGUCAGCCUCAGGAGUAUAGUUUUAUUCCUCGGACAUGGAUCUUCCCUGCAGAAUACACACAGUUUCAGAACUACGUAAAAGAACUGAAGAAGAAACGUAGACAGAAAACCUUCAUAGUCAAACCAGCUAACGGUGCAAUGGGCCAUGGGAUCUCUUUAAUAAGAAAUGGAGAAAAGUUACAAGCUCAGGAUCACUUGAUUGUUCAGGAAUAUCUUGACAAACCAUUUCUUAUGGAAGGCUACAAGUUUGAUUUACGUGUGUAUAUUCUUGUAACCUCCUGUGAUCCGUUGAAAGUAUUUUUAUAUCAUGAUGGACUGGUGAGAAUGGGCACGGAAAAGUAUCAUCCCCCCAGUGACUCAAAUUUGAGUCAAUUGUAUAUGCAUCUGACUAACUACUCUGUCAAUAAACAUAAUGAGCACUUCGAACGGGAUGAGACAGAAGACAAAGGAAGCAAACGCUCCAUCAAAUGGUUUACUGAGUUUCUAGAAACAAAUAAUCUUGAUGUCUCCAAAUUCUGGAGUGAUAUUUCAGAGUUAGUAGUGAAGACUCUCAUAGUUGCAGAGCCACAUGUUCUUCAUGCUUAUCGCAUGUGCAGGCCAGGGCAAGCGCCAGGAAGUGACAGUGUCUGCUUUGAAGUCCUGGGAUUUGAUAUUCUGCUGGACAGAAAACUGAAACCAUGGCUCCUAGAGAUUGUCUUCUAUCGUUAUGUUAACUGGUUGGGAGGCACCGUGCAGCAAACGGUGACGGACCCCUUCUACGAGAGCUGGUGGGUCAGCCUGCGGAGUGAAUCCGUUCUGAAGGACACCACUCUGUCUCCUUGGGUGUUUGCAUCCAGUGUGGAGAUC